GAGCGUAUUUCACAACGUGAGAGUUGGGCUGAGCGGCAACAGUCGCUCGGACCUGCGAAGACUUCUGUCGCGCAAAGUCCGGUCUCCUGGCCAAGUAAACACUUUCCGGGAGAUGAGCCAAACUGACCAACAGUUAUCCUGUCGGAACAUUUGGCCAGAGGGCAAGAAAAGACGGGCGGCCGACGUCGCGAGCGCUCCCGGGAUGGCGCUGAAAACUGAGGAAACUCAGGUCUUUUUCUCCAGAAACCUGUCGGGGAGCAGCAGCACCGGCAGACCGGCGGAGUCCGAUCAUCACGCCGGCGUUUACGGAUCGGGGCGCGUGAAUCCCGCCGCCUGUGACAUGGAGAAGCAGUGCUGUCAGACAGCUGCUACUCCUCACGAGGAGUUGUCAAACGCUGACUGCCGUGUGGGCGACAGCCGCUCGUUUUCUGCCUGCGCCACAAUCUCGGAGACCGCCCGGGAGCUGUGCAAAGCCGUGUCCGUGUCUCUGGGUCUGGCCAUGGAGUCCGGGGACGCGGGCGACGUGGACGCGGCGCUGCCCCCGCGUCUGACCGCCGACCAGAUGCGCGGAGAGUAUUUCUCGUUCGGGGCGGACGCGGCGCCGCUGAGCCGUCCCGGAGUCCCGGUGCUGCCCGCCGAGUCCUACAGGUGUCCCGACCGGGAGGAGCGGGCGACGCGCGGCCAACUCGUCAGCAUGUUCAAAAGUUCGGAGACCCCCGCGCCUUUCCACCAGCUCUCCUCCGCCCGGACCCCCGUCGGCGCGCAGGGCUUCCCGCUGUGCGAGGCGGAGGACGCCGAGCACCUGGACCCCGCGCGCGCCGCCUCCUGCUCCUACGCUCCGGACAACCUGCCGCCGCCGCCGCCGCCGCACUUUGCGCACCGGGCGGCGGACGGCAGGCCGUGCGCAGCCUACAACCCCCACGAGGAGGACUUCGGGGACGCCGCGGAGCACAAGUCCGGCGGCUACCAGCCGCAGGGGUACGGCCUCAAACUCAAGUGCGAGGACAGCGACCCCGCGGGGGGUCUGUGGGCCCCCAACUGCAACGUCGCCGCCGACAAGUACAGCCCGCAGUUCUGGGGCUCCAAGCAGUGCGCGAACGCGCACAACAGCGGGUCAAACGCCGCGUUUAUAUGCAACCCGUACGAGAGGAGCGUGGUGCGUCCCGAGCAGUGGUACCCGGGCGGGAUGCUGAGGCCCCAUUACACCAGCUCGCCCUACAUCAAGAGUGAAGUGGGGGAAUGGCUGGAUGUCACCUACAACGACACGAGGUUUGACGGUGGGAGAGAGCAUGUGUUUCCCAUGGAGUUCUUCUUCCCCCCGCAGAGGACGUGUCUCAUCUGUUCAGACGAGGCGUCCGGCUGCCAUUAUGGCGCUCUCACCUGUGGCAGCUGCAAAGUUUUCUUCAAAAGAGCUGCAGAAGGUAAACAGAAAUAUCUGUGUGCAAGCAAAAACGACUGCACCAUUGAUAAGCUAAGGAGAAAGAAUUGCCCCUCUUGCCGGCUGAAGAAGUGUUUUGAAGCUGGAAUGACUCUCGGAGCACGCAAGCUGAAGAAGAUCGGACAACAGAAGAACCAGGACGAGGACAAUUCCGUCCACGAGCCGGCGGAGGUGAUCCACAACAUCUCACCCAAGUCCAGCCUGCACUUCACCUCCCAGCUCGCCUUCCUCAACAUCCUGGAGUCCAUCGAGCCGGAGGUGGUGAACGCAGGACACGACUGCGGUCUUCCAGACUCCGCGGCGUCGCUGCUCACCAGCCUCAACGAGCUGGGAGAGAGACAACUGGUCAAAGUGGUGAAAUGGGCCAAAGGACUGCCGGGCUUUCGAAAUCUUCAUGUGGACGACCAGAUGACUGUGAUCCAGCAUUCAUGGAUGGGCGUGAUGGUGUUCGCCUUGGGAUGGAGGUCCUAUAAGAACGCCAACGGCAAGAUGCUUUACUUCGCCCCGGACCUCGUGUUCAAUGAAACUCGGAUGCACAUUUCCACGAUGUACGAGCACUGCCUGCGCAUGAGACAUCUCUCCCAGGAGUUCGUGCUGCUGCAGAUCACCCAGGAAGAGUUCCUCUGCAUGAAGGCCCUGCUCCUUUUCAGCAUCCUUCCUGUUGAAGGUCUGAAGAGCCAGAAGUACUUCGACGAGCUGCGUCUCACCUACAUCAACGAGCUGGACCGCGUCAUCAACUAUCAGAUGUCGGCCAACUGUCCCCAGAGGUUUUACCAGCUCACGCGGCUGCUGGACUCCCUCCAGAUGACAGUGAAGAAGCUCCACCAGUUUACAUUUGACCUCUUUGUCCAGGCGCAGUCGCUCCACACGAAAGUCAGCUUUCCAGAGAUGAUUGGAGAAAUAAUCUCUGUACAUGUACCAAAGAUCCUGGCGGGUUUGGCUAAACCAAUCUUGUUCCACAAGUAGAUGGUUUUGGGGUUUUUUUUUUUCUUUCUUUCUUUCUUUGCUGUUGUUUUUGUUUUUGGUUUGUUUUGUUUUUUUCCGAUCAAAAUGACUCAUCUCUGCUGCCUCCAUAAACUUAAACAAAGGCUUUGAACUGUUUCCUCACGUCUUUAGUCUAAUUGCUUUUAUACUGUCCUGUAAUCUUCAGGUCGUAGAUUUUUAUUUUUUUUUUUUUCCGAUUUUCUUUUAUCUUUUUUGUUCAGAUGAGAUGUAUGUUUCUUUCAGCAGUUAAAAACUUUAAUCUGAGGAGUUAGAGGGCAUCACCUGACAUUUCUGAGGGGAACUCAGAUGACUUACAGAUGCUCCUAAACCGAGUCCGUGAAUCAUGAACACAGAAAGCUAAAAGUACCGGGGUUAAACCAUUACGGUAUACAUGUGACCCUCAUUACUCACUUAACACCAUAAAUAUAAAUCCUAAUAGCAGGAAAUGCCUUCAAGAGCAAAUGAAAAUUUAAUUAUAGAAGCAAAUAAAAUACUUGUGUGAAAAUCAUCUUAAAAAAAAAAGUGAAAAAGUGUUUUUAUGACUGCCUCCAGUGCAUCUGUUAUUUAUGUGCAUGAAGCUCAGAGGGAUAAAUACAACUUGUUAGGCGUUUAGGGGAUCGUUUGUCUUAGUGUGGGUGCUUCGGACUGCUAUCACACGCACCAGAUGAGGGUCAACACGUCACGCAGCAGCAGGACGUAGAAAACAGCCCUGCCCUCCAGCGUCUCAUACCCUCCCGACCGCAUGGCGACGAGACGCCGAAAUCACGCCCUAACUCUCGCCGAUUGUUUAGCUGGAGUCCGGAAACUCCCGUUUUCUGCCAGGUGAAAUUAUUUCUCUUUUGUCAGUUGAUUGCGGAGGUUUUCUAUUCUGUCUGAAGAGCGUGGCGGCAGCGGCGUGUUUCGGUGUCAGAGAGGGCCGGCCGCUGGCGGGGCGAAGCGCCGAUAAAUCAGACAGCUGAAUGCAGAACUCACUGAUCCAUGACAGCACCGGCUACCGAUAUGAAGUGGUGAUCAUUAAACAUUUUAUUGGCAAUGCCACAUGUGGCAAAGGGUCUGCAACCCGUGGAAAGUUAAGAGCGUCUCUCUUGUUUUCCCGUGUGGCUUCACAAAGCUACACGCUUGUAUUUGUUGUUUUGCUGCGCAGCAGACAGGCAGUCUGUCAAGGUGGAAAAAAAUACAACAAAUGGAUAAUAGAUUGUUUCAAUAAUUCAGCGGCUGAAAUACACAUCAGUUCCUAUUAUGCCGGCGUACCCAUCCGCCUCUUACUGCUGGUGAAUAAUGCUGAGUUUCUGACACAAACAAAUCCAAACAAGAGAGGCUUCUGGGUAACAGAUCAACUUGCUUUCAUUGCCACUGUUGCUUGUUUUCACCUGUGUGUUUGACAUGCGGAGAGAAAUUAGCAAGUGUCGAGCUUGUUUUGGGGCUUUACUCAUAAUUCUAACUGGUGGUUGCAGACCCCUGCUCGUUUUCACCUGCGUUGUAAACACUGCCGCUGAAAACACUGUUUGUUGUGCAGUGGCUGAUGGGUAAACUUGACCCACGGUGCAGACCGUGCUAAAUCCGAGCGCACUUGCGGAAUCGUUGCCCUGCCGGGGAACGACGGCACAGAGGGCAGAGAGGCAGGGUGCGGUGGCAGUCACACAACCAAAACCUCGCCCCCGCGUAUUUUAAUCACAAUGAUAUAAUUCAUCACCUAAUCCGUCGUAACAUCGCUCUAAUGUAAUUUAGCACACUCGCAUUGUUUGAUUUUGGUGGCUCAGCCGCACGAACCUGUGCGCCGAUCGCCACGCGUGCGCCUCACUUUUUCAGCUUUCUUCCCCCAGAGCUGCAGUCUGGGUGUUUUGGGUUUUUUUUUGUAAAAAUAUAGAGGAUGAACUUCUGCUGACAUGAAGCAAAAAAAAAAAAAAAAAAAAUCCUUGGCACGGCCUUAAAAUUAGAUAAUAAUCACAAACGAAGAUGGUUUUUCACAACUUUUCCAAAUACUACUGGAUUUAGCUUUCGAUCCGUGUUUCAUAAAGACCUUAACUCAUGGUGGACGUAAUGUUUUUUGCAAACACAUUUGUGUACUUUUGUGCAUGCGCAGGUCUGUCUGUGUAAAUACAGUGCCUUUGGACAGUAUCGAUUUUUUGACUUUAUGAUGUCAGCCUGAGUUCGGCAAAAAGCAACAUGGAUGUGAAAUAUCUGGACUUGAAAUGAAGCCUAUUUGAAUAUUUGAAAGCUUUAAUGGAAAAAAAAAGACACUAAAAAACAAAGCCACUGUGUACAGAGGGCGCAAAGCUCCACCAUCGCCACUGGAAAACGCAGCCAUGAAGACAUCGUGCUAAGAGCAGCGGGCUCUACCAAGGCACGAAGAAGAAAGCAUGGCACCGUAUACAGACCAAUAAUGAAUGUAAACCAGACCAAAUGUGCCACAAAUCCUGGAUAAAGGCAGUUGUGUACCAACAGGGGAGCAAACUAUUACCGAAUGGAAGUGAAGUGAAGUGGACAGGCCUCACAUGUAGAGCAUGAGAAGUCCUUGAUCUGUUCUGUCAAAACUUUAAGAAAGGAACUAGAAAUAAUACAUUAAAAAAAAAAAAAAGAAAAAAACCUAUGGAAUGCCUUGAAGAUAACUGAUCCCAGAUAGUUAAGCUGCAUAUUAUUAGUUUGAGGAACGGAAACUAUCAUCAUUUUUCAUAAAUAACAAAGACAAAGAAAGAAAGAACAAACAAAAAAAAAACAAAAAAAAACCUGAACAGCGGGGUUU